UGUCAACUCCUGGGGGUUCGUGUCCACUCCUGGGGGCUGUGUCCGCUCCUGGGGGUCGUGUCCACUCCCGGGGGUUCGUGUCCGCUCCUGGGGGUCGUGCCCACUCCUGGGUUCAGCCCUGGCUCUGGUCACUCCUCCUCCCACACUGACCUGGGCGUCUCUGGGGUGAUGCUGGCUCCUGGGCUGGUCUCCCCGGGACUCAGUGCUGUGAGGCAGCCACGUUGGGGAGGCGCCCCUGCCAUUCAGCCACCGUGGACAAGCGGGUGGAGAAGUCGCGGCUUCAGGUCACUUCGCCAGCCCGGUGCCAUCUGACUGCCCUUUGCCGCAUGAGUCCAAGCGAGAACCACCCUGCUGAGUCCAGUCAGCCCACAGGACCCGAGAGGCAGUCACCAAUUGCCCUUUGGGCCGCUGAGUUUUGGGGGCCGCUAGGCAGUGGUGGACCCCUGAAACACUGUGUGGAACUGAGCCCUUCACACCCCCGUCCCCAGAGCCCAGAGUGGGCCUGGGUCCCUGGUGCCCUCGCCCCACACACCCAGGCAGCACCCCCUGCAGUGGUCCAGCAGUGCCAGCCUCUCGUCCUGUCCUGCGUGGUGCCCAGAACUUUCUGAGACACCCUCUGGUCCUGUGAAGGUUCUUGUGCCAGCUCUCCAGGCCCGACCCUCCCAUCCGUCCCCAACUCCCAGGCCCACCCCCUCCUCUGCCUGGACCUCUGUCCUGCAUCCCACCACCUGGGGAUCCCCACUUGGGGAAACCCGGUCCUCCCUCCCAGCAUCCCCACCGCUCCCUUAGAGGCAUCUUCCACACGUUAUGUAAUCUGUCGACAGGUCCAUUUCCCACACGAGGCCAAGAACCCCCUCCGAGGCGAUCAGGUGGCUGCGGACACUCAGUCUUCUUCCGCAGAGCCUGGCUUGUCGUCAAUAAUAAAUAAGUCAGGAAAUGUAACUGAAUGAACACUGUGUUCAGACCACCCCCGUGAGAACAAACAGGACUGCGAAUCAGGAGCCCCCCCAGGCAGGCGGGUGGGGACCCUGAGAGUGCAAGAGGUGGGCUCCAGGGACCCUGAGGGGUGCUCGUGGGGAGGCAGGGCGGCUGACCGGCAGUGGGACGUCCCACGGGAUGGGGCAGGGGCUGGUCCUGAGUCGGGGCGGGCAGACCCGGGGGAGCUGCGGUCGCUGGCCUGGGGCCGGCCGUCUGGGCCCACGGCUGCAGAGGCUGCGGCUGGUUCCUGGGGUUCCCACGUGGGCCAGCGUCCUGCCUUCCUGUGUGGCCCGGCCACCGGCCACUGUGUGUCCGGUUUCUCCUGAGGAGGGAGGAGACUUCUCGAGAGGGUGAAGGCGGGAACAGAGGCGGGGCUGGGAGCUGCUCCCGCGAUUCUGCGGCAGCUUUCCCCAGGCUCCCUGGAGCCUGGCUCCUGUGUGAAUCUCUGUUUGGGGGCUGGGAGUCUUUUCCGGAAGCCACAGCCUGGCCAGCCUCACUUCUACACAGAGGAGCCGGUGGGACCCAAGAUUCAAAGGUAGGGCCGCUGAGGAUUUAAGCCGUUAUCAGCUCCCAGAGGGCGUUUCUCUGCAGGGAAUGUCCACUCUCACACGUUUGCUGGCACGUGUUAUUCUUCUGCGUGUGAGCGCUGGGCGGCCUGCACGCGAGCGCUCGUCAGGGCUGUACCUGUAGGUCACCUCUCCUCGUGGGCACCAGAGGCUCAGCCGCCUCCCCGCUCGGAGAAUAAGUGAGGCCGGGUGGGUAUGGGACCCACACGAGGGGUUUAUGCUCUAAAUAUGGUACCUGUGGUUGUAUAAUCUAAUUUAUCAGGAUGUGUAACGUUUUGGGCAAGAUUUGGCAUCGGGCUUUUGUCAGAUUGAGACGCUGUGGCAUCACACCUGACGUUGAUGUCGGAAGGCAAAACCGUGGAAAGAUGCCUGAGCCGAGAGACGUGUAAACGACUGUCUGAGAAACGAGAUUCUACCCACAGAACAGAGGGCAUUUCGGAGCAAGCGGGGCUGCGGAUGCGAGCUUCCUCAAGCUCAGGACCAGCUAUGCCUCCAGGGCCCUGAGUUUAAUUCUGGUAAAAUGUGCACAGUACAGAAUUUACCACCUUGACCAUUUUUUAGGUGUACAGCUCAGGGGCAUUAAGCGCCUUUUCACUGUUGUGCAACCUUCACCACCCUCAUCUCCAGGACUCUUUCAUCUUCCCAAACGGAAACUCUGUCCCCAUAAAAUAACACCCCCCACCCCCAGACCCUGGAAGCCAGCCUCCUGCUUCCCGUCUCUGUGGAUUUCACUCCUCCAGGAAGGAUCACAUAGUGGGAAGCAACCACACAGAAUCUGUCCUUUGGCGCCUGGCUUAUCUCACUGAGCAUCACGUCCUCCAGGUUCUUCUGUGUUGUAGCAGGUGCCGGAGUGUCCUUCCUUUUUAAGGACAAUAAUGUUCUAUUAUGUGGACAAACGUAUUAUGUGUCCAUCCAUCGAUGGACCCUCGGGCCGCUCCCCCCUCGGCUGUUGUGAGUGAUGGGCUGUGGGCACAGGUGGGCUGUGACCGUCCAUGAACUGGACUUUCUCCAAGGGGCACGGCGUUCCCGCGCCGCGUGGGCUGUCGGAUUGAUCAGGCACGUCGUAACCAAUUGCGUAAACUGGGUCUGCGAACUUUUCAAGGGCCUAAGAAAAGGUUUGAGACCAGAAAAUAUUGUUUUCCUGGUUUAAAGUACAAAAAGAACACUGCAGGUUUGAAAGUUAAAGGUGUUCAAGUUGUGAUUGAAAUUUAGCUCUUACGUAGUUGUGACAUAAUGAUUAUAUUUGAUAGGUUUGAUAUGAUGUGGGAACAGGGUUUACAAAGUUCCUACAAUGGCUGUGGGGUUGCCAUUUAUCUUGGAAACUGCUUGUACGACUCAACUGUCUGGUGUCAUUUUCCUUGAGUCGUGUGAUUUGAGGCAUCCGAGACCUCUGACCUGCUAUGAAGGAAAACAAGUGAGUUCCCGCGCCGUCCCUGGAGCCUGUGUCCGGUGGCCCUCACAGGUCAGCAGCAAGGCAGAGCGCCGUGGUCAGCACAAGGGCGCUUGUCCAGAGCUUGUCCAGCAUGGGGGCUGGUCCACCACGCAGGGGAGGAGACGGCCAAAGAGACAGGCUUCCGAGGGAACCAGCCUUGCCCACACCUGGCCUGCCAGGCUCCAGGAUACAAGGCCGUCCUCGUCUGUGGGGUUGUUAUGCAGCCUGGCAGACUGAUACGGGCAUCCCGUGUGAUGGGUCAGGGGGCACAUUUGGCUUCUCAGGCUGGUCCUGAGUUGGAGGAGGGGCAAAGCCAGGGAAGCUGGGGUCACUGACCUGGGGCUCGCAUCUGGGGUCACUGAGAGUUUUGGCCAGCUCCCCAGGGUGGCUGCUCCAGGCUGUGGGUCUGUCUGUAGGUUCAGUCUCCCAGGACCAGAGAGUGUGUCUUGGGUUAGACCGUGGAAACACUUGUCCUCCUCCCAAGGGCCGAUUCUGAGUGGAGGGACAGGAUCCUGGGCGGGGCCGGGGCCUGGGAAGUGCGGGCGGCAGCGCCCGGUGAGGCCCCAGGACUCAGAACGGCCCACUCACAUCUGCCGACCUGCGAUGGGGUUGCAGGGAGACCUGCAGACACACUUGGACCUCUGCCGGCACGUAGGACGCACGUGUGGGAAAGGUGCGUCCCAGCUUUGCAGGUGCUUUUUUUUUGAGGGGAAAAGUUUAAAACACUGUUGUCGAACACACGUUGAAAUAGACUUUGAGGUGCUUUUUCAAAGGUAAAAUUUAAAAGAGAAAUGGUACUGUUGUCACUAAGACCUGCAUCCUCUGCUCUCUUUUCUCUGCAUCUUCAUCCCUUUUCGGCAUCCGCAGAUCCAAAUAGGGCUCUGAGUUCAUGCUAUUGUGUCUCUUUUGAAAGAGCAAAACUUCAGAAUGAAAUGCUUUAGCACUGCUUUUGUGGCUCCUGAGCUAUGGCUUACUGUAGAUAAAUUUAACUCUAAAAUUACAGAAAACCAAAACUCAGAGAAGUGAUGAGUCCUGUGACUUGCCAUUUUCAUUAACAAAAGUGUAAACGAAGCCACUCUGAGAUGUUCUGUGUUGCUCAAUUCUGUCCUGACUGAAGGCACAGGGUAAUUUCUGGAUAUUUGCAUGGGGCCAAAAGAGUCUGUGCUGACAGACAGGCACGGUUCUGGAGCAAAUACCAGCCUGGUUGUUUGGAUAGUGUGCUCUGCGUGAGGUGCAGUGCGCAGGAGACAAACCAGACCCCUGCCCGCCCACCCCCAGGCGCCCAGCACCGCUGCCCCACCAGGCCCCUGCCCACGACGACCUUCCUGGUCUGAGGAUCUGUCCCAAUCGGGCGGGCUGGGGGGGGCACCAGGCCCCCCCCCCCCCCCCCCCCCCCCCCCCCCCCCCCCCCGUCUGUGCUCCACACGGCUCUGCUCUCCGGAAGGCUCUGAGGGCUGGGCCUGCUCCAGAACAGGUGCAGGAGUUUAAAACGCAGAUUUCCGCGGUGCUUCACGAGGCAGAUGACCCCGUGCUUCACGGAAUCUGAAAACCGACGGUUCAAAGGGGGCCCACCCCUCAUUUCACAGGGAGGGGAACUAGGGCCCAGAAAGGCCCGGCGGUCUCCCCAGAUGCCCCGCAACAAAUAAAGUGACCUGGGACAGUCUGAGGGUGAGGGCCGCGGGCCCUGAGGACACUCGUCCUGUCACAUCGCAGGGUCCAGAGCUGGAGACCAGAGGGGACCGCUGCCAAGAUGGGCCCAAAAGAGAAGCGAGGAGAGAUUCUGGGCACGCUAACCUCAGAGACGCUCUUGUCUAAACCAAUAAAGGGCUCGAUCGCUCCCCAGAGAAAGGCUGUUGAAAAUACAUUUUCCACUCAGUGAUAAAGAGAAAUUUGCUACCAAGCCCUAAAGUGACACAGAGGACCCUCAGGUGCAUAUUAGGAAGUGGGAAAAGCCACCUGAAAGGUGACACACUGCACAGCUGCAACCCUGGGACGGUCUGGAAAAGGCACAGCCAUGGGGACGUGAAGGGAUCAGGGUCGGGGUGGGCGGUGCCAGGGCUGGGGUAUGAACAGGCAGAGCACAGAGGAGUUUCUGGGCAGUGAAACGACCCCAUAUGAUUCUCAAGCGUAGGUACACUUCAUACGUGUGUCCAAGCCCAUCGCAUGUACAACACCAAGACCGAACCCUCAUGCAACGGUGGGCUUUGGUUUAUAAUAAUUAUCAAAAUCGCUGGAUGGAUUGCAGCAAAUGUAUGACACCGGCUAAGAUACUGAUAAUGGAAACGGAGGCGGGGCAGGGGCAUGUACGGGAACUCUCUGCACUUCCUGCCCAAUCUUGUAAACAAAACCCCUCUAAGAAAACAAUGACUAUUCAUGUUUAAAAAUCCAUCUGGAUGGAGAAAGCCUGGGAAGGGGAGGGGCAGGAGCCCUGCGGGCGGGGCCUCUCGGGGGCCAACAGGCCACGCGCCACGGCCAGCACUGGGCUUCUGCUGCUGCUCUGGUUGCGGCCCGCGACCCUGGUGACGACGCGGGGGACGCACCUGCCACGGUCCCACAAGCCGAACGGGCACACCUGCCUGGACCACACGGAGUGCUGGAGCGGCUGCUGCGUCACCAGCAGCUACGGGCUGCAGACGUACUGCACGGUCAAGACCAUCUUCCUGCAGUGCGUGCCGUGGUGCAAGCCCAACGGGGACUAUUGCACGGACCAUGGCGAGUGCCGCAGCAAGUGCUGCGUCCAGCCGAACGAGGUCGACCCCCACCGCUGCGUCCCCCGGAGCGGCGUCCUGGUCCAGUGCCUGCCCUGGAAGAAGGAGCUCAGUGAGGCGGCCCCCCAGGACGCAGGACCUGAAGACACCACGGAGGACGGGGUAGGGGGGCCGCAGAGGGAGGUGGGGCACGGUGACCGGAGGGGCACGGCGAGCAGCUGGGAGACAACACUCUGGUGCCCGAGGUCAGACUCCGGGACCCGUGACUGCAGUCUGACGGAAAAGGUGUGUCGGGGCCCCGAGGGUGAGAGCCAGAGCUUCCUGAGCACGCCCACCUGGCCCGUCAGCACCCAGAGCGGCGGUGGGUGCAGAGGUGCCACGACAGUGAGUCCACGGGUGUCCCGAGGGUGUCGGAGACAACCAGGCCGCUCCGCCGGCAGCCUCGCCCAGAGGCGCGGACCGUCGGUCCCGAGGACAGUGUGGCCCUUACAAUCCAGCUGCCCGAAGGCUGCGUCUCCCCGUGCGUUUCCUAAUUUUGCUGUGUCUUCUAGUGACUUGGACCCGGUCUGUGCCCUGGAGACCUGCCUGGACCCUGAGCCCCGCACGUGUUCAGGCUGCUCUUCCCGGGAUGGUGAAAACCUGCAGGUAUCAGACGUCUAGCUGUGAACUCCUGAGACCGCCCGCAUCCGGGUGGCCCCUACUGGAACCUCGAGGUGAUAACUUAGCAUCAGCAAACCUCCCGACUGAGUGAGUGUUUCUGUGGACGUGGAGACACCGGGUCUCAGCUCAGCACCGUCCUAAGGAGCCCCCUUCACCAGAGACCGAGUCUCCCCAGAGGAAAGGGCAGGUGCAGACACGUCCCUCCCCCGCAGGCGCACACAGAUGACUGGUCACUGCAGGUAAGUCAUCAGUUGGCCGUUCCAACUGGAAAGGCUCCCCUGACCUUGCGGAUGGCGCAGUGAGGACAUUGGAGCCCGCUAAAGACCCCUGGGGGGGGCUCCCACUGGUCCCACCUUCCCCUGGAGCAGAAGUGCUGGCUGAUCUAGAAACUGUUCCCUCUGGUGGCUUCUCGGGGCAAACACCAGAGCCGCUCCUCUGCACCCAGAGUGCCAGAAAUGUCACUGUCACCUUCCUCUGUGCCCAGCACCCACCCCGCAGACACCAGGCUGCUUUUCUGGGCUCUGCUAAAACAAUUCUCCACCCUGUGCCUCCCCGCUUCUGCCUGCUCCUCCUGGGCUGGAGAUGACUAUGACAGUACUUGCAGAGUAAGUCAUGAGAAGCCGUCGCUCCCACCCUAAUAGUGAGAACAAGCCAGACACAGUUAAGAGAA